AUGUCCCGUCUAGCAUCCCUAUCCACCCCUUCUCGAACAUCUUCAACCCCACUUGUACCUUCUCCAGAGACCAAAGAAACAACACAUCAUCGCAUGUUCCGAGAUCUCAUUCAAUCCAUCAUCUCUCUCAUUGAUCAAUGGGACGAUCUGGUCUCUCACGACGGACCCAAGUACGGGAAAAUUUGUGUAGAUGCUCGAACUUCGAUAGAAAAUAUAUUACAACUUGAAGAAAACCCAGAUCGACCAUCCAUACUCCCUUUCCUUAUACAACUUCGUAACUCACGUUCUUCAUUGAACGACGUGUUGAUUAAACUUGAUAAAUCAUUGGGAAAAUUACAAAGUUUAGUAGAAGUUGGAGAAGGAUUAUUCAUUGAUGCUUAUUCUAGAGAAGGAGUGGAGUUCGUAUUGAAAACACCUAUGUGGAUGACAUGGACUAUGGAUAGGUUUGUGAACAGUCUCCCUUCAAUCUUCACUUUGCAUUCUAUACAUCUAUCAAAACUUCGUCAUCUCUCUCAACUAAUCUCAUCUUCCGAAACGACCUUUGAUCAAUCCAAAUUAGCUUUGGAACAAUGGCAAGAUUUGUCCAGAUGUGGUGAACGACAUGACGAAGUUGAAGAGUGGAGAGAAUUGGUGGAAUGGGAGAUGACGUGGGGUCAACCUCCAUCAAAGACAGAGGAGAAGGAAAAACUGGUAACUCCGAAAUCAGGAAAGAAGAAGGGGAAGUGA